CCUUCGAGCGAGUGAGUCACGUCCGAUUUCGAGCCCGACCGCGGAUGCCGACACGCGCCAAAACCGCUAUUCUCUACUCAUCGUUUUCAUACUGUCGCGUUGCCACCGCGUUUCUUUUCCAUCCUCGCCCGAUCUAAAUAUUAUUGCUAUCCGAGCGAUGACGAAUUGUAUUAAUUUCAACCGUUCGAUUCAGUGAAACAUUCAACCGCGGCUGCUGUGUUUAUAAACACGGGGAAGCAGGCUCGUGACCCGUGCGUCUUUCGAUUCUGGUAUAUUCGACGGAGCACCACGCGUGUUCGAUCAGACAUCACGGUGGGUGAAUCUUCUUCGAUUUCUCCGAAUCGUGUGAUGUUUCCAGUGUAAAAUCGUCCAGGACUCCUUCUUUCGGUCAAGUUUCGUUGUACUUUGAAAUCGCGUUCAUCAUGAAGGCGUUUCGUUUCGCGACUAUCCUCUUCGCGUUGGUGGUGCUCGUCUACUCCGAACCUGACAAUUCGCGAUCGAAACUGACGAUCCUGAAGUGUUGUCGACAUAAAGAAGAAUUGGUGAAGGACAAUGAUGUCGGCACGAUGACACGUUGCAAAGCUACUGAAAACGAGUGGAAACCCUUCAUCUACUCGCCGUCCCUUCAGACUUUCCUGCCUAAUCCACCGGCAGAAUGGAACGUCGUUCCGGGAAGGAAACCACAGUGCGGUGACAAUUCGAUGCUGUCAUAUGUACCGUACAGAAGCACCAAUCCGUUUGUACUUUUGGACGAUGGUAGUGCUCUUCUCGAUAUCCAUUCGGAUAAAUUCGAACCGAACGAAUAUUGCGUCGAUUCGAACGCGUUGCUCGUAUGUGUGCGGAAAAGAAUGGAGGGAAACCACCUGGCCGCCACCAUGAGACCACGAGUUAGACAGUGUUGCGGCGAAGACGCCGCUUUUCACGAGGAAAUACACGCGUGCGCCCACCUGAAGGAAGGUACCGACGCGACGCCGUUGUUGCCGAACGCGUCGUCCGCCGUCGAAAUAGUGCCGGGCUUUCCAACUUGCACGCGGUCCGAUAAUUUCACGAUCCUGGGCGAUGCGAAAGAUGCUGUGCUGUUGCCGGACGGUGGUCUGGAAAUAGACGGGGUCUCCUUACCUGCCGGCCAGUUCUGCGUCGAGAGGAUCAAAGAACUGAACCAGGUGUCCAAGGUCUUCGCCUGCUCGGAGCACACGUCGCAAAGACCGAUAAUGCAAGCAGCCGACAUCAGGUUCACCUUGUACCCGGUGGGCUUUAUCAUUAGCGCAGUCUUCCUGGCAGCCACGUUGGCCGCUGGUUGGCUGCUCCCUGCUUCUCAUCACGUUCUGCAUUGGCGAUGCCAGACUCAUCAUGUCGCUUGCCUGAUGCUCGGUGAUCUUCUCAUGGCCAUCAUUCAGCUCGCCGGAGAUUCCCUGCAUGGCGGAAGCUGCAAGGCGCUCGGUGAGUCAUUGUGUUUUAUCGUUCUUUUCUUUUCACAACACCCCUGAUCCGUCGGCCGUGUCUCUCCCGCGGGACCGGGGAGAUUAAAUCGAAACAAACCGUGAGAUAAAAGUUCGGAGAAAAAUCUUCGGGAUACAAGCACUUUGAUUAGAGAACAUGCUUUUAUUUUGCUGAACUUUCAUAUCUUUCAAUUUCGAUGAUUGUCUCUAUAUUUUAACCCUUUAUAAUUAGAAAUUACUGUGGUUGAAUCAAGACUUGUUAUGAUCAUGAUUUCAUUCAAUUUUUUAUAUUUAAUUUUAAGUUACCAGAACGCGUUGAUCAUAGGAAAGUUAUGCGACUAAAUACACCGAUGGAAUUCGAAUGAUUCUGCGGAGCGGGUUAAGCUUUAUUUGCCCGACCCACCCCCGAUCGCCGGGCUAAUUAUUCGGAUAAUCGUGCUAAUCCCUCGACGUAGCUUCCUCUUGGUUCGUUUUCGAUCGUCGGAAUCGAUUAUCGCAGCGCGUACACCUGCUAGCCGCCCGUUUCUCCCCGGCAACGAUUCUCAUUUGUAUCUCGCCUCGUUUCCGGUAUUAUCCUACCGACCGUUUUUCCACGGCGUUCCCUUUUUCGCGACCAGAUUUAGCACGGUCCAUCCCACGGGGUAAUUAUGUUGCACUCGGGAAAUUUGCAUGGAACGUAUUUCUUUCUCCUCGCCGCGAUCCCUUUGCGUUCGCUUCUCGAAUCCCGCGGCUAUUUCCGUUCCACGGAGACCACUAAAUUUCCACGGGAAUCUCUCUCUGUUACCUCGCCCCUCAUCUCACUCGUUGCUUUUGACAGAACGCAACGAUUGCAGUUUUCCGUCGUUUCGUUUCGAUUCAUAAGCUCGAUACGAUCUUCGCUGCAUCGACGAAGUAAGAAGGUUUAUUGCUUCCGGUCGAGGAUCGAGACGAGAAGCCGAGAAGGGUCGCGGACCUGAACCGUUCGGGAAGCGUGCUGGUUGAACGGGAGAAAGUGGGACGUGGCAACGAGUGACCCACAAUCGUACUCUCGUUCGGUUACUCCUUGUUUAUUCUUCGUUCCUUCUUCUCGGAAAACGGGCGAGAAGUUUUCUCUACCCGCGCCCUAUCGACGACUCCCAUCUGAGAAGCUUUUACGAGCCAACUCCUUUGUUCUGUUGACAUAGUUCGCUGAUGGAUUUGUUUAUUUCUCCAACGCGUUACGGGCCUCGGUCAAUUUUCCGAAUGUCCCUUAUUGUUUCAGCAAUUACGGUCUAUCAGUUUCCUAGUAUCGAUCUGUUUUUCUUAUUAUUUUCCUUAAAACGAAUGCCUUCGUCACCUUUUAGUGAUUCAUUUUAUUACCUUAGAACUUGCAUUCGCUUGAAAUAUUUGUUUAGGAACACUGGAGCAUUCAGAUAAUCGUGGCUCAAAUAUUUAACGUAUGAUAAUCAUAAAUCUAUCGCCAUUUAUGUACCUACUAUUUAUUUUCUUGCUGUUAGACGAAAAUUCAUCUAUACUUAUGCUUUUAGUAGUUAAUGAGCAAGGAUAGAAAACGUCAUCCUUAGCGAAUAGGUUAAUGAACGAUUACUCAUAAUCAAGUUGAUAAGGUAAUCAUUUCUUUAGAUUGAUUUCCUGGAGAUUACAAGACAUUAACAUAACGUCUUCGUGUUUGGUUAUUUCUAUGCUUAGUUUUCUUUUCACACGCAGUUGGGAAAUAUUAGUUGCAACUCUAGAUCCUUAACGCCUUCCUUUUUGUCCAUUUUUAACAAUUACAAAUAUAUACGAGGUAAUGAAAAAUAAUUGUAAAAAUAGCUACUCGACUCUUUUGUCAUAGAACAUUCAGCUCAUUUCCAUGCGAUUAUGUCAUCACGCGAGGUUGAACCACACAUGAAAUGAUAAAAAGAGCAAACAGUAGGCAACGCUUGCUCGAGCAGAAACAUUCUUACAAAAAGUAAAGAGUUCUCUUUAAAAAAUUGUCGAACCUCGCUUGAAGAAGAAUCGUGAACGAAUAGUACCCUAAAUAGAAAUGAUAAAAUCAACGAUCCCCAUAAGUAGCUGAAGAAAUUCAAGGUUUUGGCGAUUCCUCGUCGACCAAGCGGAGACACGAAUCGUUCGAAAAGAGAGACCGGAGAAGGAAGUAUUAAAAUUCAUGAGCGUUUUUAAUUCGAUUACCUCGGUCGUCUUUCAGCAACCGACAACAGUGCCGGUUAAAAAUUCAACUCGAUUAUGUUAGCCGGUAAAAUCUAGUUUCCACGAUGUUAACUUGCCCUCUUUCUUCUUCCUCUUCGAUCGAACGCGAGCGGAAUAAUUCGUGACCGGAAAUUCACUCGAGUUUCUCCGUCAAGGAAUUCCUUCGAAGGCGAAGCUUUUUCGACCACCGCGCCGGUCAUCCGCAGGUCCCGUUCGAUUCCAUCAAAAGUUGGAAUUUAUUUUUCCGUCGACUCAAGUUCCCGGAAGUUGACAACUCGCACUACCUGUUUACUCGUUCAAGUUCCAUCGAUCGUUUGCGGUCCGCGCGGAUUCCUCGUCGCAAUUUUACGUAACGCUCGAACCGGAUUCCGUAUCAACCUUCGAGGACGAUGAGAUAAAAAGAAGGGAAAAUGAUUUUUGCUUGUCACUGGAGACGUGGCUGGUAGCAGUAUUCAAUUACCAGAAGAAACACGCGUACCUGGCGGAAUUCGAGCGUCGAAGACAGCUUCGUCGCGACGCUAACGGUAACGCUACUCUUUUUCCCUCGCGAGCUGACGCGCGCUUAUUGUUCGCGGAAUCGAAAGCGUGUGCAUCAACGGCCUUGCAACCACGCACCAUUGAAUAACGGGUUAAAUGCUCGAUGCUGCAAUUACGGGACUUUUUCAGCGUCCUCUUAGACGACGAUAGCUCGAUGCCUAAGGUAUGCGGUCAAACCGAUUACUUUGAACGGGAGUUAUGCUGUUUUUACGCGAUUUACGAUCUCUGUCGCAAUCUAUAGAUUCUGACGCGAGUGGGUUACGCGUCAACUUCACCUUCGCGAUCUUGUAAAACGCUAAGAUUGAUCGUCGUACGUGUUGAAGUCGUCUUGAACAUUCUUUUACUCUGAAAGGAUGGAACUAAUUGUAAGCGAGGUCAGAAUUAAAUCUUUGACAUUUAGCCUUCUUUUUUUUUUUAAAUAAUACCUUUUAUUGCAACAAUUUAUCAUUUCAUUUACAAUUACACGACGAGUCAAAGUGCAACUAAUUACUCGAGUGAUCGAUGAAGUCCAAGUUGCAAACGCGAAAGAAAAAUUACGAUUCUUGUCCAGAAAUUUCACCGAAAGAUUCUCUGUGGAUCAAGAACAUCUUCAUCUCGUAACGGUUUAAUUGCGUUCAGUCGCUGGUACCAACAUUCUCAUCGUCUCGUAGCACGAUUCACUUUUAAUUACUUUCGACCUUGCGAAUAUCUCUGUCUGCUUGUCGAAUGACUCGAUGGAAACUCUUCUUCCGGCGCGUCUCGUCGAGGCGUGACUUGACCUUCUCUAAUAAUCGUGACGUGGCUCUCUGUUGCAAUUCCUUUCUAAUCGAUCCUCGAACCUCGAUAUAUCCCUGAAACGUAAUUGCGUGUUGCGUGUACACGCGCAACGCCCAGGAAAAUUGCAGCCGGGAAUACGUAAUCAUCGUUUUCUUGAAAAUAUCAAGAAUAAGUGUGUUCCGUUCGUUAAACGAUUCGAUUCAGCCCAUUUCAAACGAAUCCUUAGUUUCCUUUCUGAAACACCAUCGUGACAUUCGACGUCGUUUCGCCAUGACUUUGGCUGAGACUUCCAUGACGCGCCACCCUUUUAUGGGGUAAAACUGGUGCUCCAAAAGGGGACGAAGGGAGACUAGAACAGCCAUCUCCAUUUCUGUUCUACGAU